GAACCAGGGAGAGCGUCACAACACAGUGGUCCGAGUGUCGGCUCUGGCUCCUCACUCCUCCACACCACAACAAACUGUCCAUCGUCGUCGCCCCUAAAUCAACACAACAAACUGCUCCAGGACCGGCUUGUAGCAGACAAACGUUUCUGUGUCACAGGAAAGGGUCGUGUAUGCGACUGUGAGUGUUGGUGUAGUCGUUGGGAGGAGAAGACUUCACGCAAACUUUGUGUAUCGUAAAGGAGAGGAGGAAAAACGUCGCCGACAUGCCUAUGGGACACAAACAUAUUCAGUUCGUGGCCAGGACAGUGCUGUUGAAGAAUAAUAAUGUAGACGAAGGAAUGAGAGUAAUAAACAGGAUCAUGGGCAAAGAAGGUCUUUUUGAACGUUAUAGGCUGACAAGGUAUUAUGAAAAACCAUUUCAGACUCGACGCCGCAUUAACUUUGAAAAGGCCAAGGGUAUUUAUAAUGAAGACAUGAACAGGAAGAUUCAGUUUGUCAUGAGGAAAAAUAGAAUGGACCCAUGGAUAGGUUGUGAGUAAAAUAACUAACGUGCGAUAUACGAGGCAUUCAUUAACAUGCCCAGCUAGGUGCUACUUUAGCCAAAAAAGUGUACUAAUGUAUUACCCAACCCUCUAUUUUGCCACAGCAUAAUACUAGUUUUACCAUCUGAACUACAAACAGGGUUAUUUGGCAUUUUCUUGCCAUCAAAAUUAAAUUUCUCCAGAGUUUCAUACUCCCAAGUGUCCUGCACCUCAAAAGCUUAAACAUAAACCCAAAGACUUGUAUGCCCUCCUGUCACAUACCAACCCAACACACGCAAUAGUUCCAGCACCUUUUUCUUAACGUAAAUCUGCAGAUAUUGAAAGAGGUCCAAGUUCAGAGGUGAACCUACUGGAUUAUAAUAAAUGACUACCUUCUA